AUGGAAAUCUCUUGUAACACUGGUCGUCGUUUCGUGAGCAGCACUUUGCUAAUUGUGCUACUCGUCGGCCAGCCGUGCAGUGGUACCUUCUUCUGGUUGCGUCCCGCACCCACCGACUCACCGAUAUCGGGCGAUCCACCGAACGGUUGGCGACCGCCAGCACUGGUACCGGGUGUCAUCCUGCCGCCCGGUGGUACCAUACCGCCCAGGAAACCGCAAGGGAACUCUCAGGACUUGCUCCGUCUACCGCAGAUACUGUGCAACUAUGCAGCGACCGGUCGUUGGCCGGCUUAUCCACCGUACCUGCAGGCAGCCAUCGUUGACCUUGGCCGGCACGUGUUUGCCCUGGACGACCAGGGUGUGCGCCAGUACUGUGCCAAUUACGUACGCCUCGUCUACGUCCGGCGGCCGUGCUGUGCCUACCCAGUUUAUCCAGUGUACAUAAUGCCUAGUGGGAAAACUACUACCGAAUCGUCGAUCGAUACGGAUGUCGUGACGGGUAUCACCAGUGUGCCGGAUCAGGGAGAUGAUAUGCCGAACCCAGGAAGCGAUGACGGAAAUGGCGACGAAGGAGAGGAUGACGGUGAAAAGGAGGAUGAAGAUGGCGAUGAAGGUGACGAUGAAGAAGAUGGAGAAAAAGGGGGAGAUGAUGAGGAGGAGGGAGAGGGAAAUGAUGGCGAUGAGGAUGGAGAAGGUGAGGGGGAAGAAGAGGGCGAUGAAGAAGGGGGUGAAGAGGACGGAGAGGAGGGUGGUGAUGAUGGAGAAGGUGGUGAAGAAGAAGGUGAAGGAGGAGACGAAGAGGAUGGUGAAGAAAAUGAUGCAGGGGGUGAAGACGGUGAGGAAGACGGCGAAGAAGGUGAUAGUGGCGGGGAAGGUGAAGAUGGGGGAGAGGAGGGAGAUGAUGAGGAAGGUGGUGAAGAGGGUGAAGAAGAGGGUGGCGAGGAAGAUGAUGAAGGAGAUGGUGAAGAAGAUGGUGAGGGGGAUGGUGUGGAAGGUGGUGAGGAGGGCGGUGAUGAAGGAGGUGAAGAAGGUGGUGAGGAAGAUGAUGAGGAAGAAGGUGGUGAAGAGGGUGGCGGCGAAGAAGGUGGUGAGGAGGGUGGUGAAGAAGGUGGAGAGGAAGAUGGUGAAGAAGGUGGUGAGGAAGAAGGUGGUGAGGAGGGUGGCGAAGGAGAUGGCGAAGAUGGUGGUGAAGAAGGUGGUGAGGAGGGUGGUGAGGAAGAAGGUGGUGAGGAGGGUGGUGAAGAAGAUGGUGGCGAAGAGGAUGGUGGCGGAGAGGGUGGUGACGAAGAGGGUGGUGAAGAAGGUGGAGAGGAGGGUGGGAGCGAAGAGGGAGGUGAAGAAGGUGGUGAGGAGGGCGGUGAGGGAGGUGGUGAAGAAGGUGGAGAAGAAGGUGGCGAAGCUGCGGGUGAAGAAGGCGGUGAGGAGGCUGGCGAAGGAGGUGGUGAGGAGGGUGGUGAUGGAGGCGAUGAAGAAGGCGGAGAGGAAGGUGGUGAAGAAGGUGGAGAAGAAGGUGGAGAAGCAGCAGAUGAAGAAGGUGGUGAAGCAGCAGGUGAAGAAGGUGGUGAGGAGGGUGGUGAGGAGGGUGGCGAAGCAACAGGUGAAGAAGAAGGUGGUGAAGGUGGUGAAGGAGGUGGUGAAGAAGGUGGUGAGGAAGGUGGUGAAGGAGGUGGUGAAGAAGGUGGUGAGGAAGGUGGUGAAGGAGGUGGUGAAGAAGGUGGAGAAAAAGGAGGUGAAGCGGGAGAAGAAGCAGGAGCCGAAGAAGCGGGUCCUGCAGAAAUAGUACAAUCUUCAAGACUUAUUUCGGACAAAACGGAGCGGUAUCGUCCAUCGAACGAACUCACAACGCCGAAAUCAAUUCGCACUCGUGCAGUUCUCAAUCUGCUCUAA